AUGUCACACCUUUCAUCCCACCCACCCCGCCAACCGCCACCCCUCAUGGCCUCCAUCUUGGAGAACGUCGGCAACACGCCAAUGGUACGCCUCAACAGGCUACCACAGUCCCUAGGCCUGCAAUGUCAGGUAUACGUCAAGUGCGAGUUCUUCAACGCUGGCGGUAGCGUCAAGGAUCGCAUCGCGCUGCGCAUGGUCGAGGCGGCGGAAAAGGAAGGCCGCAUCAAGCCCGGCGAGUCGGUCCUUAUCGAGCCCACGUCGGGUAACACUGGCAUUGGAUUGGCGCUUGUUGGAGCUGUGAAGGGCUACAGAACAAUCAUCACACUGCCUGAGAAGAUGAGCAGCGAGAAGGUGUCGGUGUUGAAAGCGCUGGGAGCGGAGAUCAUCCGCACACCCACGAGCGCCGCCUGGGACAGCCCGGAGAGUCAUAUUGGAGUGGCGAGGCGAUUGGAAAAGGAAAUACCGGGCGGUGUCAUUCUGGAUCAGUACAGCAAUCCCAACAACCCACUCGCGCACGAGUACGGCACCGCCGUGGAGAUUGUGGAGCAAACCGAGGCGGGCAGAAUCGAGGGCAGUCUGAAAGCAGUUAUCGCUGGCGCAGGCACUGGAGGUACAAUCACUGGCAUCGCGAGGGGUGUCCGAAGACGUUACGGAGACAAGGUGAGCAUCAUUGCUGGAGAUCCGGCAGGUUCGAUCCUCGCCUACCCGGAGAACUUGAAUGAGAACGGCAUGAACAAGCCCUACAAGGUCGAAGGCAUUGGAUACGACUUCAUUCCGGAGGUAUUGGCGCAGCGAGAGGUCGAUCGAUGGUACAAGACUGACGACCGGGACUCUUUCUACUGGGCUCGUCGCCUCAUUCGGGAAGAAGGUCUCCUUGUGGGCGGCAGCUCCGGCUCUGCGAUGGCCUGCCUGGAGCGAACAUGCCGCGAUCUCAACCUCGGGCCGCAAGAUGCCGUCGUUGUCAUUCUCCCGGACAGCAUCCGCAGCUACCUCUCCAAAUUCGUCGACGACGACUGGCUGGCCGCCAACGAUCUACUACCCGCCUCACCUCCGCUCACACCCCCGGCCGAGAAAGCAGACGAUCAAGACCUCACUGUCGACGAACCACCCCCAUCACCAACCUCCACCCGCAAACCAAAUCCCAAAGCCGAAUACGGCAACGCCACCAUCGCCGACCUCCGCCUCAAACCCGUCCAAACCAUCGCCGUCAACAGCACAAUCGACGACGCCAUCGAACUCUUGCGCGACAAGGGCUACGACCAGGUCCCCGUCACCUCCGCCACCGGCAAGCGCCUCGUCGGGCUGGUCACGCUCGGCAACUGCCUCAGCUACCUCAGCAGCAACCGAAUCAACAUCGACUCGCCGGUCGAAGACGUCAUGUUUAACUUCAGCAAGCUGGACGAAGUCAAGCCGCUCGAGAAGAACCCGGGGUUGACGGAGGGUAAUGAUGAUGCACGGGAGUUUGUGGAGAUUACUGCGAAGACGCCGCUAUGGGCUUUGGCGCGGUUCUUGGAGUGGAAUGCCGCUGCUAUUGUGACGGAGAGGGAGAACGACGGGCAGGGCGGGAUGAGAGCGUCGGCUGUGGUGACGAAGGUGGAUUUGUUGGUUUGGUUGGUGAGGCAGGGGAGGCAUCGGCAGGCGAAUGGGCAUGUGCGGUAG